AUGCGUGUCGAAGUCCUGACUACUCUUCUUACCGCCCUGCCCUCCGCCCUCGCCUGGCAGAUUACCGUCUACCGGGAGGAAGACUGUUCAGAUAAUGGAGGUGCCUUUGACUACUAUACCUUUGAGGGUCAAGGCAUGAUGGACUAUUGUUGGGGACUCAAGGAGAGUAGUUUCCCUAAUGGCGCCGUCUGUAGCUACUUUUCUGAGCGCGGCACUAGUGGACCUCAUCCUUGUGAUGGACAGAUCGAUAUUGCCAAGGCUUUCAAGGUUGUUCGCGGCAAGGUUAUGUUCUGGGAAAAAUACGAUAGCCACCCUGCCCAGCCUGAUGAUAGGCGAUGCAGCGACCGCUUAUUCGGCUUCCCGGACGCCGAUAAAGAGGAUAAUAGCAACAUCUUUCACGAGGAGGAUUACCGAUGCCGGAAUGCUUACUACGGCACCGGGGGUAUAUCCCCGGUUAAGAUAGAGCAGCCUAUUCAGGGGUUUCGUGCUUGGGACUAG